AUGCAAUUCCGUGAUUUCAGCAGAGGCCUUGUGGAAAUCUUCCCGCCAAAAAUGACCGGAUCCAUGAUGCAUCGUCUUGUCUUCGCUCUGGGCCUCCUCCUGGGGUCAGUGGAUUCAGGAGGAGGAUGCACGAACGCCAAGGAAUUCUGUGGGCAGUACAACAGGAAGCCCGGAGGGCCGACUUGCCCAACGUCGCAUCGGCAAUGUGGGUCGUGCCUCGACGGUUACACUGAGGAGGAGUGGACGGGAGGGAGGGUGGCGGAGGUGUGCCGGCCGACCGGAUCGUCCGACCGAACCCAAGACGACCUCGCCCCGGGAGAGACAUCGCAGGGAACGGAGCUUACAGUCAUCGUCGCCUCGAUCGUCGUCGGAGUCUGCUGCGUUCUCAUUCUCGUCGGAGUCUGGCUCGGAAUGGAGGCUCUCGAGAACCGAAAAGGAAGUGAAAUUGCUCAGGAGGAGACGCCGCUCGUAGUACACGGAUUCAUUUCCGGAGAGCCAGAGAGACUUCUCAAAGCACAACCAGAGAAUUGGGAAGAAUAUCAGAGCAAUCCUUGUUCGGCAUACAAGUAUGCAGCACUGUCAAUAUGGCCUGUCAUCCUCUCCUUCCCCCUCCAUCCGCUCACCGCCAGCUCCUUCUCCCUCGACUCCGACGUCUUCUCCUCCACCACCAGGAUCAGCCGAAAGGGAACGGGAAUCUGGGAGGCAGUGGAGAUCGACUACGUCCGAGAGGCACAUCCAGGAGACGGAAUCCAUCUGGGGUCAGUGGAUCCAGGGGGAGGAUGCACGAACGCCAAGGAAUUCUGCAACAUGUUCAACAGGAAAUCCGGUGGAUCAUCUUGCCUAGCGUCGCAUCGGCAAUGCGGAUCGUGCCUGGACGGAUACACAUCGGAGGAGUGGUCUGGAGGGAGGGAGGCGGACGUGUGUCGGCCGACCGGAUCGUCCGAGUCCGACCGGGAUCCCGACCGUCUCAACGACCUUGCCUCGGGAGAGACAUCGCAAAGCCAAGGAGAAGGGAAGAUCGAGAGCAUCGUCGUCCCGAUCGUCGUCGUCGUCUGCUGCGUUCUCAUCUCCAUCGGAGUCUGGCUAGGGUACAAGAAAAGGAGAAAGAAGCCAGAGGGGACAGACGCGGAAAGACAAGGAGAAUCGGAGGGAGACGCGAACAUCCUCGAUUCCCGGUGGUCCGCCUCUUCGUUCCAAUUCGAUGAAACGCCCCUGCCUGCCCCCGCCCACAACAGAUCACAACAGCUCGAUGAAGGAAUGGAGGCUCUUGAGAACCGAGAAGGAAGUGAAAUUGCUCAGGAGGAGACGCCGUCCGUAUUACAUGUAUUCAUUUUCCAAGAGGCCGAGAGACUUCUCAAGGCACAACCAGAGGAUUGGGAAGAGUACCAAAACAAUCCUCGUUCGGCAUACAAUUACGUGUUACGGUCCGACACUCUUUCCUCCAUCCUCCAACCGGUCAUCGCCAGCUCCCUCGCCCUCGACUCCGACGUCCUCUCCUCCACCACCAAGAUCAGCCGGAAGGGAACGGGAAUCUGGGAGGCAGUGGAGAUCGACCACGUCCGAGAGGCACUUCCAAGAGACGCGAACCUGGUUCUUCUUUGGGGGUCAAUCCAUCAGGCGGUGCGACUGCACCGGGGCCCACAGGCCAGAGGAGCCCAGACGCCGAGCUAUGAAGAAGGGGGAGAGGCAUGGGAGGGGAGGAGGAGGCUUUGCUGGGAGCCCCUUGGUAUCGAGACGAAGUGA